AUGAUAGGGCCAGACAAACGGAACCCGCACCUCAGGUUUGCCCUUGAGGGAACAGCUUCAGUCCUCGGUUCAGAGUCAACCACAUACGAAGCAACGUUCGGCACCAACGAAUCUGUUGUAUCAAAGUCGGCAGUAGAUGCAGCUAAAGCCACAAACCCAGAGAUCACAUACCCGCUCAUUGCCUUCAGCGAGACCGCUCUUUGCAUCGGGGUUAUGGAUUCCGAGCACGAUGGUGGCCCAGUGGUUACUACAGAGCGGUGGAGUAGCUUGAUACCUUUUACCAAAGGUUUCCCCAUUACUGAGCAGCCUGACGGUCGACAAACAAACUACAGCCUAAGAUUUUCAGGGUUAACGUGCCGUUUAAACAGAUCCACUGGAUGGGCUGAUAUUAAAGUGAACGGGAGUGACUGGUCGAUGGUCGAGAACACUCUUGUCGACGAGAAGCCUGACGCAGGGCACGAUAUGCCGGUGCUUAGCUUGACGGCAAGUCUCAGUACCUUUGACGAUGGACGUGAUGGGAGACCGCCCGGGCUCGGCGGACACUUGCUUCGAGCGGCACUGGGAGUGGCGACUGAAGGAAGUCGACAGAGCUGGGGCCUAGAAACCCUUGCUGAUGCUUUCCUAUGGUACGAAAUAGAGGCCCGUCAAGUGCCGCUUGACAAUGACAAAGCCGUAAGGGCUGAGAGAUAUCAAGUGCAGUCCAACAUUGAUGAAUACGCAAUGACAUUUGUUCCGUGGAUUCUCAUGUCUGGACUUGCGACACUGGGAACAGCAUGCGCGUUGACGAUUGGGCUCACCCUCAAUUCUUGGAAGGUAUACUCGCUUAGAAGUGGCAGAAUGUUGGUUCCAAUCCGAUUGACAGCUGAUGUUGGAGUGGCUUUGGAUAAGCAGGUGUUUGAAGAGUGCUCAACCUGGCACGCCACAAGGCUGAACAAGUGUGCAGAUGAGGCUCGGUUUCAGUACGAGCCCGACGCCCGUUUGGAUAGUGCAACGGGUCUGUAUGCUCUAGGGAUCCGCCUUCGACAAAUCUCGCGACCACACGACUGA